GCAUUUGGCAUCCAACUCGACGCCAUUGACUUCACCGAAUUACCACGAUCCCCACGAUCCCGAUUUCUCAGCUCCACAAUCACGAAAUUUAAUUCCUUCGCAUCCUGCCGAACCACCGACCGCAGCCAUGAAGAGCGGCCGCACGGUCUACGCCAACGAGAGCCGGUUCCUCGAUGAGCGCGGCACAGCCAGCGAGCUGGCGCCGAACGGCGAGAACCCAGCCAAGAUCAUGGAGAAAGCCGUGAUCGGGCGGAUCGUCGACUCGCAGUUCUACCAAUACCAGUGCUUCGCCCUCAACGAGGCCGGCAUCGUCGACCGCGUGGUCAACGACGUCCACUUCAUCGGCGGCACCUACGGCGCCGCCCAGAAACCCACCCCGUUCCUCUGCCUCGCCUUCAAGCUCCUCCAGCUCGCCCCCGCCGACGACGUCCUCGAGGUCUACCUCGGCCACGGUGGCGAGCGGUUCAAGUACCUGCGCGCCCUGGCGUGCUUCUACAUCCGCAUGACCCGCCGGCCCGCCGACGUGUAUCGCCUGCUCGAGCCGUACCUCGCCGACAGGCGGAAACUCCGGCGGAAAACGAGGCAGGGCACGAGCCUGACGUAUAUGGACGAGUUUGUGGACGAUCUGUUGACCAAGACGCGCGUGUGCGCUACGAGCUUUCGGGAGCUCCCGCGGCGGACGGACCUGGUGGACCUCGGGGAGCUGGAGGAGCGGGAAAGCCCUCUCGGAGAUAUAGACGAGUUGCUGGAAGAGGAGGACGAGAGGGACCAGGCGGAAGAAGAGGCGCGGCAGGCGAACGGGGACGAUGAAAGGUCAGAGGGGGAGAUAGAUGGUGGGCGAGAUGGGGAUGGGGGCGAGGAUCGAAUGGAUGUAGACAGGCGCAGCCGCUCAAGGAGUAGGUCUCCCGGUCGAAGGGAACGGGGGGAAACGCCCGACAGGUCAAAAUCAUGACGGGGCUAUUUGAGUCCAACGUAAUACGGACGAUGCCAGCUUUCAGCCGUCCCUGAACAUGAGUCCAUAAAUCCCCCACAUGGCGCAGUCCAAAUGAUGCCAAACUGUACAAGGCUAUAUUUCUUCUCCUUUC